CGAAUCAGGGUAGCAGCGUUUAAUUCUGAAGGGAAUGGUAUCCCUAGUGAGGCAGUUGAAAUUAAAAUGGAAGAAGGAGCUCCGAGGGUUGCCCCGGUAGUUUCAUUGUUGAAAGUAAGAGACAUCUCUUCCUUGAAGAUCUCAUGGAGUGCCAUACCUGUGCAAUUCGUAAAUGGAAAGCUUUUAGGUUACCACAUCGUGUACGAAACGUUGAAAAUAGCUGAUCGGGAUGUUGAUAUGGCCGUGGUUCAUACAGUAACCAAGCCAGCGACUGACAAGACUGAAUUCACUUUGACGUCGUUGAGUUCAUUCACGCUGUAUAGAAUUACAGUAGCGGCGUUUACCGCAGAUGGAAUAGGGAAGACUAGCAAAACAAUCUUUGGAGAAACCUGUGCUUGUCCUGCAAAGUUGUACACAAACUGGGCCUCUUAUCCCCCUUAUGUCACUGAAAUUGAUCAGCAACCUGGCGGAAUCAUCGGGGAGCUUAUUCCCGAUAUGAUAUCUUAUUCAUGUGGUACAUGCGUGGGAGGGCAUGGAGACACAUUUCUAGACCUUGCAUACAACGGGAAAGGAGCUUCCUCAAAAAAGACAUCUAUGGCUGAAGUGCGCAGUGACGUAGACGAUAAAACGCAUGUGAGUUUCCCUGUCAUAGGAAACAUGGACGAUGAGAAGUAUCUAAAGGAAUUUAUUUUCAUUCCCGUGGUUGCCUCACCGGGUAUCGCUUUCAUAUCUUCGGGUGAUGAGCCGAAUAGACAAGAGGCUAUUACCUCGGCGUUGAAGAAAAGUUGGCCCAUUGUUGCUCUCUCAUUGGUGAUGGCAAUAAUGGUUGCGAUCUUCAUUUGGAUCGCGGAGAGACAGAUCAAUUCAGAGGAUUUCGCACGGUCAUUCUUAAAGGGAACUGGGGAUCUAACAUGGUUUUCAUUGGUGACAAUUACCACAGUGGGGUUUGGAGACAGAGUGCCCACGGCAGCAGUUUCCAAACUUAUCGCGAUCAUUUGGAUCGUGCUUGGCCUGGUACUAAUUUCUCUUUUUAUGGCAAUGCUGACGGUGUCUUUGACUGUUAUGACUACAGAUGAAGGGCGAUCGAUGUUGUACGGGACAAAGGUGACGGCAUUAAAAGAUUCUCCAGCUCAUCGACUUGGAAUACGAAGAAAUGCCCGCGUCGAUCCUAGAGACACCCUCGAGGAAGCAUUCGAUGCUCUUGAAAACAGAGAGACUGAUGGGUUACUAAUGGACGCGUAUGUGGCCGGAAGUGGUGUCAACGACAAAACUUACCGUGUUAACCAGGUGAUUGACGUAAAAAAAGGACUUGGGGUGGUACUGGCUGGGGAUGCAAUGAUUUUGCGUUAUCGAAUACGCGAUUUUGUGAAGAAAAACGCAGAAAAGAUCACAAGGAUUAUUCAAAAUAGUACAACACCUCUGCUGCAACCAAAACAGAGUAUUGCUGAGGAAAAGGUGCAAACCCUUGUGGAUAUCAACUCUCAAAUCUUCCGAGAUGCCAUCACUUCAGUGACAGGUGCUCUAAUUGUGAGUGUUAUGCUUGGAAUUGCCUGGGAACUCUUUCGAAAACGACGCCUUGGCCGAGAAAGAGGAGAAAACAAAAACUCUUGUAAAUCAGAUAUGGCAGAGGCUGUAGACGACUUCCAUAAAAAAUUUAAAGAAACGUAUGGCAGGUUAAAGAAAAAACAUAUAGAGCAGUUGAGGACUCAUGAGAGUUUUGCCAAAAAGACUGAGUGCAAUACAAACAUAUAGCAUCACUGUUUUUGGGUAUAUCCUCGAAGUACCACGAAUGUCAAAGAUAAUUUCUAAUUUAAUUUCUUCCUAACAAAGUUUUUGGACGUGUGGGAAGAUUGUUUACCAAGAAGAAGAGAUUUUUUUGUCGACUAAGACACUAAAACACAAGAUAAGUCUUUCUAUCUACAAGAUGUUUUCCCCACGAUUUGCACUUCAUUUGGGCAAGGCUAGACAAUCCCUCUUGCC